GGCAAGGGUAGAUCCAGGCGGAUCCGAGUUGUGCAACGGUUCCUAACGCCAUCCCUUUGCACAGAUAAGCAGGGAUUCAAGGGAUUUCUGUUCAGAAAAGGUUACCGUGAAUCUGAUUGCGUCUCCAGAUACUCCUAUUUCGGACGUAGACUCGGUUUAUCAUGGCUUCCGGCCCCACCGUGCUGAUGCGGUUGGUAGCCUCGGCCUACUCCAUUGCUCAGAAGGCAGGAACCAUAGUCAGACGAGUUAUUGCUGAAGGAGACCUGGGUAUCGUGGAGAAGACUUGCGCGACGGACCUGCAGACCAAGGCGGAUCGGCUGGCGCAGCUCAGCAUCUGCUCCUCACUGGCCCGGAAAUUCCCCAGACUGACCAUUAUAGGGGAAGAGGACCUGCCUCACGAGGACGUGGACCAGGAGCUGAUCGAGGACGGGCAGUGGGAAGAGAUACUCCGGCAGCCGUGCCCGCCGCAGUACAGCGCCGUCAAGGAGGAGGACCUUGUGGUCUGGGUUGAUCCUCUGGAUGGUACCAAGGAAUAUACUGAAGGUCUUCUUGACAAUGUUACAGUUCUUAUUGGAAUUGCUUAUGAAGGGAAAGCCAUAGCAGGAGUUAUUAACCAGCCGUAUUACAACUACCAGAACAAUGAAAAGCAGAAGUUAAGGGAACACAGGCACGAAGCAAAGGCAGGACCAGAUGCUGUGCUGGGAAGGACAAUCUGGGGAGUUCUAGGUUUGGGUGCCUUUGGGUUCCAGCUGAAAGAAGUGCCUGCUGGGAAACACAUUAUCACAACCACCCGCUCCCACAGCAACAAGCUGGUGACAGACUGUGUCACUGCCAUGAACCCGGACAACGUGCUGCGCGUGGGUGGAGCUGGAAAUAAGAUUAUUCAGCUGAUUGAAGGCAAAGCCUCUGCUUAUGUAUUUGCAAGUCCGGGAUGCAAGAAGUGGGAUACGUGUGCUCCAGAAGUUAUUUUACAUGCUGUGGGAGGCAAGUUAACCGACAUCCAUGGAAACGCCCUUCAGUAUAACAAGGAGGUGAAGCACAUGAACUCCGCUGGGGUCCUGGCCACUCUGAGGAAUCAUGACUACUAUGCAAGUCGAGUUCCCGAAUCUGUUAAAAAAGCUCUUGUUCCUUAAAGGAACACCUCAUUUGCUGAGCUGGGAGGAGCACAGCUGCAGGGAGGGGACGGGGGAGGGCACUGUGUUUCUGAGGUCUCAGCCCCGUGCCGGGAGCUCACCACAGUGGACCCUGACACUAAGGGAACGCUGAAGCUCCUGGGCUCCUGGCAGUCUGUCCAGCCUGCAGGUCACUCAGCCUGCAGUUGGGAUGAAUUUCAAAAUCCCGUGGAGCCAUUUGAAUCUUUCUGCUGUGCUAGAAUAUCAAUAAACCACAGAAAACCUAAAAAAAAUAAAUGCACUCCUUUAAAGGAACAUCCCAUUUCCUUAGCUAGGAGGAGGACUUAGUUCUCAAAAUAAUACAAUUUAAAACUAAUUAGAUGAAAUUAGAGCUCCACCUUUAUUCUCUGUUGAUGACUAAUUUAUCUUUAGGUGCAUAGGAGUAGAAAAUGGAUCUUAAAAACUUUGUGAUUAAUUAAUAAACCAGACCAAUUUUGACAUCUGGGGAAUCUAUAAAGUUCUUUUACUUUUUUUGAAGAAAUGAAAGAUAGGUUCAGUUCCAACUGACUAUCCUGGUCAAUUGUUCAAUCAACAUUCCUAUUGUAUAAACCAGAUUUCUUUAGGGCACAGAAGCACAAGUUGUUACCUGAAUCUCAUUCUUGUUUUCACAGUAAUUUUUAAAAUUUUCCCAUUAUGAAUACACUAAAAUAUCAUUGUGUGUGUUGA